AACAUAUGAUUUGAGUUCUACAUAUUCUUCCCCAGGAUGAGAUUCUGAAAAGAUAUACUUUGAACUAUGAUUCCAUACAUAACAUUUUACCGUACGGGAGGCACACUUAGCACUGUGCAUAAAUGAUGAAUGUAUGAAACGUAGUUAUCUGUGAUAGUUUUUUUAAAUCUUUGUUUUGACUUUGUAGCUGACUUAAAUUGUAUUUACACAAUUUCGCUGUGAAUAAAAAUUGAGAAUAUUAUAAAUUGACUUAUAUGUUAUGUUGUGGAAAUAAAAUGCAUGUUGAAUAAUGAAAACUAUACCUACUUGUGACCAUAAUUUUCUAUUUGAAAAUUUAUAUAUAGCAUUGUUUAAAAUAUAAACUCGCAAUGGACCUCGCUAAAGUACCAGUUGAAUCAAUUACAAAAUAAAAUGAAGGUUACUGUAACAGCAAUCAAAUCCUGUAUGAAUAAGCUGCCAUUGCCCAAAGAGUCAACAAUGUCGCCCGGCGCAUGUCAGGGAGAAGAACAGCGCACAGAACUAUUGGGAUCUUUGACCACACAGCAACAACAACGGACCAGCGCCAGAGUCAUCAAGAAGUUGCGUUUAGAGUCACCAGCGGAUAAACGAGACGUAACAGAAUGCGAUACGCCAAACAAAAUCGACGAUAAGGAGCCACUGAAGUUUCCAACUCAGUGUCCAGUGAAGCAACGAAUGCCUAAAGCUCUUUGGUCAGCAGACGAAAAGAGUUUAUUCUUUGAAGCCUUAAACGAGUACGGGAAAGACUUUGAUGCCAUCACAGCGUAUAUCUGUGGGAAGAUGAAGAAAAAGGGCAUGGCGGACGGCUUGAAGACGAAGACACAAGUCAGCCAUUUCUACUACAGGACGUGGCACAAGCUUUCAAAGCACGUGCAGUUUGAUGAAAACGUUAAGAAAGUUGCCCAAGAGCUAUACGCCCUGAUAAACUACGGGGAACUCCGGCGUAAGUUGGCGUCGGUGAGUGAGAAGACAUGCGCGCGACUCGGAGAAAUGGUCCGGGGCGGGAGCAUGGCGGUGCGUGCACGUGGUCGUACGUUACGGGUACGUACGCCUAUGUGUGCUGCGUUACGGCGACUCAAUCAAAUUACUGAACGUGCUUGUGGUACGCGUGUUUGUUCUCGUGCUCAAGUUGUAUUACGUGCACGCAAUACGUGCGCUUGGGCACGCGUACAAACCGCAGCACACAAUCCUCGUAUGGUGGCCGCCUUACCUUUGCGGACCCGGCUCGCUGCUUUUAUCAAAGCGCUGCAGAAACGAUGGAAAACUUCACACUACAAAGAAACCAUUAUUACAAAUGGUUUAGAUAAAGAUAAUUCGAGCCCUGAAGAUUAUGAACGAGAUAACAAUGAUGAGCUUGAAUCACAUCUCAACUUGGAGAUCGACAGGAUUAUAGCUAGAGAAGGUACACUACCUAAAAAGCUGGCGUUACACCUCGGACCUCGCCCCGGAGUAGAGAUUCACUUACCCGUUCUCAGUCCAAGCGAACAGUUGUCCAGCCAGAAAAUCUGCUUCUCUUCUUACCUGGAGAGGAUGGGAUCUUUGCCUCGAGACAAGGAUAGUGUAAAAAUAAGGACACCAAAACGCCAAAGGAAAGAUAGCACGUCAGAAAAAGACAAAGAUGAGACGAAAAAGGUCAAAUUGGAUGAAGAUUGUAAGUUGAUAAAUAUUGACGAAACGGCCAUAGACGGUAUAGAGCUGAUGGCGCAUUUUAAGAAUAUACAUGACGAUGAAGAAAAACCUAGUGAAGAUGAAAAGGAUUUGAAAGCCGAAGAAACGGCCGAGGAAGACGGAGAGCCGUUAGAGAGAGACAACAUUAUGUCGGAAAGGGAAAAGGACAGUUUUUCAGAGAUGGAGGAUGAGGAGAAAUAUAAUAAGAGUGACACUGAUAACGAGAGUGAUGGAAGGGCUGAUAAAGAGAAGUUUAACCAUCUUAAGGUAAAAUUUAGAAUUCGGCCAAAGAAGCGUGGCGGCACUAUCUAUACAUUGGUUCAAGGCUCGGAUGAGAUCAAGAGCGAAGAGUUAAAGGUGGAAGAGCCGAAGUGUGAGGAGGAUAUAAAGCCCGUUAUAGACGUAGAGACAGCGAUACGACAAAUUCGGGCUGGUUGGAGUCAAUACGACGCUGGAGAUCUUACUAUUGGAGACCUAUAUCUUAUGUUUGGGUGUCGUUCAAAAUUGGAGCUCGACUAUUGGUGGGCCGAAGCCACGCCCCCUUUACCGCAACCAAUCAAAGCACAGAAAACGUCCGAAAGCGACAAGACAGACAAGGACAGAGCUAUAGACAAGAGGGAGAAGUGUAACAAAACACCCGAAAAAGGUGACAGUUCUGUGGAAGACGAGAGAGACAAAAGUGAUACAGAUAUAUUGUUUUCGCCCAAGAACACAUAUAGCCAGGAUAGCAACGAUGGAAUGUCUGGUGAUGAGAGGAAAUGUGAAGCUCUAUCGUCUCCAGACCACAAGUCUUCGGGUACUCUGAAGCUUGUCAGCAAACUCAUCAACAGAGCUGAUCAGCCAGCCAGCCAGACUUCGCACGGGUUUUCUUUACUCAGUGAUAGAUUAAAGCGUCUCCUGGCAUUAGCUGGCAACACUCACAUCACAACUGCUGCGAACACUCCAGUGUCGAAGUGCAAUUGUGGACACGUGUGUCCAAAAAAGCAGGCACAGAAAUUGCAGCCACACCCAACUCAAGAACUGCCGAAUUUAGUACCGAAGAACGAGUUCAACUCGGUGUUCCGCCACCCGACACCCAUCGCGCCUCGCCCUUGUGGUACUGAGAAGAGCAGUGCCAUGAGUCUAGAUGGCCUACCACGCCGUCGUCGCGGAAGGCCCAGAGUGUCAGAGCGGGAUAGCCCUAGGGUCGUCGUUCAGAGACUGUUACCUCUUCUGCCCAAGUUGCCUCCUACCAGCAAUUUGAUCCCAGUGAAACUAGUCCCGCAUUCGUCUGCGCCCGCCCCACCUAGGAUUCUGCCCAGACCGCCUCCUCCGCCGCCUACAUCCACUGCUGAUUUGUCAGCCUACUACGUACUGAGUGAGUCGAACGGUCGAUUCUUCUUCCACGACGGAGAUCGUCGGAUUCCCAUUAACCCACCAGAAGAAGAUGAAGACCAUGAUAAAAUUAAUGGAGAAGAUACAAAUACUGUAAAAGAGAAAGCGAGCGGCCAGAAUGGGGCGACAGACAAGUCGAAAGAAUCGAACUCUGCACCAUCCUCCAUGAAGUCGGAACAGACCGACAUGACGAGUUUUCUAACAUCGGAGUCAAUGUCACUGUCUCCGUCCCGACUGUUGCGUGAUGCUGAAGGAUGGCUCGAAGGCUCCGUCCAAGAUUUCUCGCUCAGCUCGUUCCUCAACCAGCUGGAAGGACGUCAUCCUGAUACUGCGGUGGAAUCGCAGCUACAUUCUCUAAUGGCGGAGUCGAGCGUGGACUAUGUGGCCAAAUUUGCAGAUCUUGCUGCCGAAGUCACAGAGCAGAGAGACCAUAGAGAAGAAAUACCUUAAUAUUUUUAUAGAUGUAUCUUUGCUGAUACCGCCUUUGUAACUCAUGGUUUAUUUGUGUUGACCUGAAAGGUUCCACGUUAAAAUAAUGGAAAACAAAUUAUUUAUUGAGAACGGCAAAUUAAGUAUUUGGCUAUUACAAAAAUUAUCACUGACAUUUAGUUUACAAAAUGCAUAUUGUAUGUACAUACGGUCAUAUUAUGUGAUGUCAGUCCUCGUACAACACGGGUAUUCCUCUAUAUAACGCGGAGAUUGCACGCGUUAUAUUGUGGUUCUGUGACAUGUAUAAUGAUUAUAUAUUAUAGACAUAUUUUGUUCCUUUAUCGAGAAAAGUUAAACGUGAAUCAUGUGAGAAUACUCCUACAACGCGUUACAUAACACGGAAGCAAUCUACCGACUUAUGGGAAGAAUUUCUGUAGAAAUUAAUUUUUAUAGACAAAUAAAAUUUGCAUGGUCCCAAUGGACAACACUUAUAAGGUUGAAAUGUAUAGAUUAAAGAUUAGUGAUUUAAGCACACUUGGAUGGAUCAUUAAUAAGUUAACCUUAGUUUUAGUGUAUGCAUUGUAUAAAAAAUAUCGACAUAAUAUUUUACAUAUCUAUUAAUGUUAUUUAUUUCAACUAUUGAACUUAUUGUUGACAUUAUACAGAUUUAUUUUGAUUACCUUCUAUAGUCGGGGACCCCGUGAUGCUUAGUGUGCAUUUACUCGGGCGUCGUGAAAUCCUAUUUAGACUUGGUACUAUAGCUAAAUAAUUGAAUAAUUUUUCAUAUUAAAUUUGUAAGUCAUUUUAGUAGGCUAUUUAACAAAAUUUUUAAAAUCAUUUGAAUUAUGAGAUUUGAGAUUGGUAAUAUUAAAUAUUCAGAAGACGUACUAUUUACAAGCAUGCUACGUCAUCGUCGUUUACUGUUAUGUGUCACGCAAUGACGGUUACUAGAAAACCUUUUAUUGUGACAUUGAAUAAAGAAAGAUACGUAAA